GGCGAAAAGGUUACCUCGAGGCUCCGCCUCUCUGACCAACCCAAACCGUGAUGUAACUAGACCAAUGUCUCGUCUACGUGUAUGGAAGAAGAAUCUCGCUGGAGUUCUACACUGCGAUACACCAGAGUGUUUGAAUGUACGCAAACAUGGCGGCUGCUGGUAUCCUUGCUCUGCUGUGUCUUACUGCGGGAGCUAGUAGUUUUCGAGUAUUAAACUUUAAGUCUUACGAUCGGAAUGCAAAGGAUUCCUUCGACAUCAUGAAUAUUUUGAUGCGGCGUCGAACACCCGAGAGGUAUAUGCCACAGUCUUAUUUCCAGAAAUAUGGCAUCAGUCUCAGUUCAAGACUGACCUCUUUCUCCUACAAAAACUGUGGAGACCCUUCAACAGAAACAGCGAGGCUACUUGAACUGCAGCUAUCUCCUGACCCCAUUCAACUUCCUGGUGUGAUACAAGUCGCUUUCAAAGUUGUAAAUCUGCAAAGAGCCGUGUCACCCAUACAGACUGAGGUAACCCUGUGGAAGAAGGUAAUUGGCAUGUGGAUCCGCGUGCCAUGUUGGCACAACGUGGGGUCGUGUAGCUAUGGAGACUUCUGUGGGUUUCUUGACCAAACCCCUUGUCCAAAAGCUUUCCAUGAUAACAACAUACCCUGCAAGUGUCCCUUCCCAAUGGGAAACUACACUCUUCCAACUACUGAGUUUGACGUCAACAUACCAAAUGUCCCAAGUGGAGAUUUCUGCAUUAAGGUUAACUUGAAGAUCGAUUCGUCGACUCUAACUUGCUACGAAGUGUACUUUUCAAUAGCCUGAUUCCAGAAUUGCAACACGCAUCUUUCAGCCAACAAUAACCUCUCUAAGCUUCUCCUUGUGCACUAAAAGAAAUAGAAUUGUUUGAACAUUUCUGAUUAACCUGUUUUGCAAAAUAAAUAAAUGUUGCUUUAAAUUUGGUAGAUUAAAAAAGCAACUGAGAUUGUCAGUGGCUGUAUCCUCGAAAGGGGUUAAAGCACUGUAAAAUUAUUGACCCCAGAGAGGGUAAGUAAAUUCUACAUCAUUCGAACUAUAUGCAGGCCAACCACGAUUUCAAUCGUAGUAUAUUUGUUAGUUUUAAUUGAUGGCUAAACGUGCAUACACUCGCCAGCGGCUGAAGGUAUGAUGUAAAUCCUACUGGUGUCCAUGUAGGUAGCAAAGGUACUAAAAGUCCCCAUGGUCCCCAGUAUGGUGAUCUACCUUCAGUUGCUGGCGAUCUUAAGCCCGUUUUGACAAUGUAUUGUUCUGUUUAGUAAUAGCUUCUUAUGGGCACAUACUAGUUUUAAAAAUAGAUAUAUGUGAUAAGUCUAGUAAUUUUACCGUCCUUUGCUGACAGGUUUUUAUAUAGUCUAAAUUAAUGUUAUCUUGCUUUAGUCACGAUAUGCCUGAAAUAUUGCCGAUUUGACAAUAAAUAUUGACUCACUAACUCACACUUGUGCACUUCUGAUGGUUUCUCUUGUUAUGUCAUAUGAAAGGUGUAGUAGGCAGAAUUAAGUACUAAUUUCACAGUUUCAAUAGUUUUAAAAGUAUAUUUCUCGCGUUAAUAUCUAUUUUUUCAAUCUGUCUUGGCUAACGUGCUUCUGUCAUGAUAUAGUUCUUGGAAUACCGAUACGAACAUAAAGUCCUUCCGCGUACAAUCAAUCCCGCUUCAUCGCUUGUUCCAAAUGUCACUCAAUAAAAUAUGAAAAACAGAAA